AUGGCGUACCAAAAGCCGGCCGAUAUCGACGGAUACGUCACCCAGAUGGCCAAGGCGGACAUGCGCGUGAAGGCGCAGCUGGCCGAGGAUCUGGUGCUGUACUUGAGCGACUCGGAAAACUCGAUCGAAUGCACCGAUCUCGGGCUGCUCAUCGAUGGGCUCAUUCCGUGGAUGACCGGAAGUCACCAUAAGAUCGCACAGCGCGCCCUAGAGGCGUUUACCGAGCUGAUCGUUCGGUUAGGGCAUGAUUUUAACGCGUACACCUCGACCAUUCUGCCGCACGUGAUCGACAGACUCGGCGACAGCCGUGAUACGGUGCGGGAGAAGGCCCAGCUUCUGUUGCACAAGCUAAUGGAGUGCCGGGUGGUGCUCCCGCAGUCCCUACUCGACAAGCUGAACGUCUGCUUCAAGCACAAGAAUUCGAAGGUGCGCGAGGAGUUCCUGCAGACGAUCGUCAGCACACUCAACGAGUACGGCACACAGUCGCUGACGGUGAAGGUGUACAUCCCGCCGAUCGUCAGUCUGCUGGGCGAUCCGUCGCCCACGGUCCGGGAUGCGGCCAUCCAGACGUUGGUCGAGAUUUACAAGCACGUCGGUGAUAAACUGCGGACUGAUCUGAAGAAGCGCGAAGUUCCCCCGACGAAGGUCGCAGUUCUGGAGCAAAAGUUUGACGAAGCCCGCAACGACGGGCUGCUGCUGCCAUCGGCGCUUCUGGUGCCGGUCUCGGCCGGUGGUGGUGCUCACGACGAGCUAGACCGAGCGGCCGUGGUCGAGCGACCGACGCGGCUGGUAAAGCGCACUCCUUCGGCGGCCACCCCACGGAAGCCGCUGUUCGAAUCGGGACUGCAGGCUGGCUCGGGCGAUCUAAUGCUCGCGGCCGGUGCCGUUUCGGUCGAUGUGUUCGAAGCGUCGUUCGAGAGCGUACCGCAGCUGACCAUCUUUUCGCAGCGCGAUAUGGACGACCACAUGAAGUCGAUCAACACGUUGAUCGGGGACAAGAACGUCGACUGGGAGAAGCGCGUGGACGCGCUGAAGAAGAUCCGCUCGCUGCUGCUGAUCAACAUCCAGGGCUCGCCCACCUUCGUGCAGCAGCUGAAGGAUCUGUCGAUUGCGUUUCUCGACAUCCUGAAGGAGCUCCGGUCGCAGGUGAUCCGCGAGGCGUGCAUAACGCUCGCGUACAUGAGCAAGGUGCUGAAGAGCCGGCUGGACCAGUUCACGAUCUACAUCCUUCAGGAGCUGAUCAACCUGAUCCAGAACUCGGCCAAAGUAAUCUCCUCGUCCGGCACGCUCGCCCUCAAGUACGUGAUACGGUACACGCACGCCCCGAAGAUCAUUCCGAUCGUGACGCAGAAUCUCAUGCUGUCCAAAUCGAAAGACAUUCGCAGCUCGCUCUCGGAGCUACUGAUGCUGCUGUUCGAGGAGUGGCCCACGAAGGCGCUCGAAAAACACAACAGCCUGUUGCGGGAGGCGCUCCGCAAGGGCAUCGGUGAUGCGGACAACGAUGCGCGACGACACAGUAGAUGUGCGUUUUGGAUCUUUCGAAGACACUUUCCCGAGCUGGCCGAUAAUUUGUACGGUUCGCUAGACAUUUCUACGCAGCGUGCCCUCGAACGAGAGCGGGACAAUCUCGGAACAAACGGUACCAACUCCAUGAGCGUUAGUCUGCGUGGCAGUAACAGUAGCUUGAACUCUGUCUCUGGUGGGGUGAUAAAACGAAGGCAAUCGUCCGGGCUGCGGAGUCCCGCGACCGCACAACCACCAGCGGUGCACGCCACCAGUGUUAGCACGGAAAACCUUACCACAGUUCCAGGAACCGCGUCCGGGUCGUCGUCGUCGUCCUCUCGUCUGCAGCGGGCUCCUUCACUGCCGAGGACGUACAACCGCAGCAACCGGAGUGGCAUACCGGUGGCCACGACCCCGCGGGACUCAAAUCCACCUCCACAGCAGCAACAACAACAGCUACAGCCGCUUUUUAGAGCGGGAGCUGCUGCCGGUGGCUUUCGGAGUGUGUCCGCGGUCGAUACGGCCGCCGCUCAGCGGGCACGGGCCAGGGCACAGUACUCCACGCUGGCCAGGAUGAAGGUGACUUCCGGAACGGCAUCGCUGCAAGGACACUACGCGCAACAAGCACGUGCUAAAAAGACACCGACAUCAGCAUCCGCCUCAUCCGCUGCCAACACGGUUACGCCACAGCAACCUCCCACACCGGAGCGUAAGAUCAGAUCGCGCGCAGGAGUGUCACAGUCACAGCCCACAUCACGGAGUACGUCGCCGUCGAGCAAAAUGCGUGAUCUUUACGGUGGCGUCACCUCCAUCUACCGCCAGACGACGGGCACCGUGCCGAAGAAGGCCCAAUCCGGCAUACCACGAUCGUUGGCAAACUCUCGGGAAACUAGCCCCACGAGGUCACAAACUCAGUUCGGUUCACUGAGACGGCACGCGUACGGAACGAACAGCCCCCGGAGACCGCCGCUCAAUCCGGGGCGCCCGGUGCUGGCACAGAAGAUCCUCCAGCAGAGCCGGGAAGCGGAGAGCGCACUGGCGGAUGCCCUGUCCCCGGGCGAUGAGGCCGACCUGGCGUGCGCCGACUUUGCCCGGCUCGGGCUGCACCGGAAGAUUUCGCGCGACGAAUCGGACGAAAGCGAAGCGUCGUCCGUGUGCUCGGAGCGAAGUUACGAUUCGUACCGGCGGGGCAAUGAUUCAUUCUCGUGGAAUGGAUCGCGAACGCGUCUCGAUAGCUCACGGCCGGCGAUCGAGGAUAUCGAAACGAUCAUCCAGUUUUGCGCUUCGUCGCACUGGUCCGAGCGGAAGGACGGGCUGGUCAGCCUAACGCAGUACCUCAGCGAGGGCAAGAUGCUGACGCAGCAUCAGCUGCAGUGUGUGCUCGAUCUGUUCCGCAAGAUGUUCAUGGAUCCGCACAUCAAGGUGUACGCCCUGUUUUUGGACACCGUCAACGAGCUGAUUCUGUCGCACUCGGCCGAUCUGCACGACUGGCUGUUCAUACUGCUGACGCGCCUGUUCAACAAGCUGGGCACCGAUCUGCUGGGGUCGAUGAAUGGGAAGAUCUGGAAGACACUCCAGCUCAUCUAUGAGUACUUUCCGUUCGAUCUGCAGCUACAGUGUGUCUUUCGAAUUCUAGUUGACAAUGCACAAACACCGAACGUGAAGACACGACAGGCCACACUACGCUUCCUGACGCAGCUGGUGAUGAACUACUGCACCGGGCCGCAGUUUGUGGUGCACCCGCAGAACCAGCAGGUCAUGAACCUCGCCAUCCAGAAGAUCAUCCAGACGUCGCUUGAUCAGAAAAGUAUCGAACUAAAGUCACAGGCACGCCAGUGCAUCAUUGCGCUGUACAAUUGUAACCCUUCCCAGAUGACAAUGACGCUUGGGAACCUUCCAAAACAGUACCAGGACACGGCGCGGGCAUACAUUCAGCAUAACAUGAGAAGAAGUGCUUCAGGCAACGAUAGCCCAUCAUCACCACUGUCGUCUUCAAGCCCCAAACCAUUGCUUAGCCCUCAGCAAGGGCCGUAUAGUUUACAGAAUAUCGCUAGUCCCCGCUCGCGCCAGGCAUCGGUGGAGGUACCGGCGGAAUCGAUGAACACGGAGGAAGUAUACAAGAACCUCCGCAAGACGACGGCCGAGAUACAGAACUACAGCUUUGAAACCAAGCUGGACAUGAACGGCAAGGAUUCCGGCAUCGGUAGCCAGAUCGGGGAUCGAGAUCCCCACAACAACAACGUGAUGCUACAGUCGAUGACGGUACUCGAGACGGGUGGCGGAGUUGGUGGGCUCGGCAUUUACGGAUUGCCGUCGAACGGUAUCAAUGGCCAUAUCGUGGGAGGAUUCGGAGGUCUCGAAAAGGAUGAUUCCUGCAAUGGAUCGAAAACACAGUCCGCCACGACGACGGAGUCAAACACGCCCGAAAACACCGUCCGGUUAGACGGCAUGGACCUGGCACACAAGACGAUAGCUCAGCAGCAGCAGCAACAGCAACAGCAGCCACGCUUCAACCUUGCGGAGAACGGCGAGGUGGUACUGGACAAAGGUGUAAAGGAAAAUGACGUCAUCAAGGCAGCGAUCCUGCUGUCACACGAAUCGGCACCGGAGGUCACGAAGCAGGUGCUAGAGAAUCUACAAACCUGCAUCAAGUACGGUUCGUGUGAGCUACCGAUUAAGAACUUCAAAGCAAUCAUGAAGAUGCUGCUACAUCUGAUGGAGUCGCAGAACAACGAUGUGCUGAUAGCGGCACUCCACACGCUGGGCCGAAUCGUGCGCAGUGGCAACAUGAAGGCCUGUUGGAGCAAGUUUCUCGAGUUGAUUCUGUUGAAGAUUAUAGACUGUUACAAAAUUAGCAAGGAGGUUUCUCGCGAGAUUGACAUAAUCGUAGUGAAGAUUGCGGACGUUUUGCCGUUGGACGUGUCUGUGAACAUUCUGAACCCGGUGAUUGCGACCGGCGAGUUCCCGGCGAACCUGUGCGCCCUGAAGAUCCUCACCGAGCUGACGCACAAGCAGGGCAAGGGGCUGACCGAUAAUCAUCUAGAUAGUAUAAUGCCAAAUGUAGCUAGGCUCGCUGAUGAUAGUCAAUCGAUGGUACGAAAGGCGGCAGUAUUCUGUAUCGUGAAGCUGUACGUGGUGAUGGGCGAGGACAAAGUGAAACCAAAAUUCUCUUUACUGAAUGCGAGUAAGAUAAGGUUGCUGAACGUGUACAUUGCAAAGUCCCAGGGCAACGGUGGUGGUAGUGGCGGAGGCGGCAACAGUCGGACGGGAGGAUCAUCGGCGACAACCACGACGGCAAUGUCAUGAUCCAAAAACGCCAAGUGAUUACUAUUCAAAGGACGCAAAUUCGCUAAAUUGCUCUGUAAAUUCCGUAGAAGCAUCGCCGUUAUUCAGGAGUAAAACGUUAUUUAUCGACCGCCAAGGCAUGCGCACCUCAACCUACUUCCGGCUUCCGGUACGACCUGUAAGCACCUAGCCAGCCGCGCCCUCCUCGGUCUCUUGGGGUCCGUUUUGUAUGUGUCCUGCCGGCUGGAAUUCAAAAAGUGAGGCCGGUUUGCCACAGUUUUAAGACGCCUAGUAUGACGAUAACCUGUUUUGAUCUUUGCUAUUAUCGUUAACUUUACACUCGGUUGUGCUCCGCUAACCAUAUUCCGUAUUCCAGAUCAAGUUAGUCUGUCGGUUGGGUCGCUGCUGUUUCGCCGGCCGUUGGUUAGUGCGCGGUUUUACUUUAUAAACUGAUCGUCGAUCAUUCGCAAUGAUAUCACGUGUAACAGAAAAUCACACACUUGUCAACCACACCGACACAUACACAUUUUGUUCGCACAAGGUUUGUCACAAGGCUGCACUCUGUGUGUGCCUCAUCGGGGCAGACGACCAAAACCGGCCAAAUAAUGUAUCUUGAACCUUAUGGCCAAACUCGGUAACGUUAGUGACUUGUUUUAUGUCUAGGAGCGCGCCCCGGAACGCGAACGGGAAGAACUGGUAUCGUCUCCGGGUACGCGCAAGCUGCAAAAGUAUUAUACCUGCUGCUGACUAUCGUUUUAUAUUUUCUUCUCGUUUAUUAUUUGUGGCCGUACUGUGGCACGUGGCUCUGCUGUGUGGAAGAAACUAACUAUUAGUGUGUGACAUGCAACUGUGACGUGUAGCGGCCUGAAAUUGCUAUGUGCAGGCGCGACCGUGCAGGGCGAUUGACAGAAAUGGACGUGAGAGAGAGUGGCGGGUGUUGAAGACGCAACCUCAGCACGCAGCAGCAAUGAGCCAUCAACAAUUGGAAUACCUGUGUUUGAAACCACUCGAAACUCGUGAGUAAACUAAGAGAGAUGGCGUUGACCCCGCCGUGGGAUUCGAAAGUGAGAAGUGAAACGUUUGGGUACCGAACCACGUAGAGUAACACACCACCCGAUCCGUGCAGAGAAAGAUGUCCUGGCAAAACAUUAUACUUUCCAGUAGAGAGAAAGAAAAAAAGAAAGAAAGAAAGAAAGAAAGAGAGAGAUUGAGAGAAACGCAGAAGCACGAGAGAGAAAGACUACCUCUACUCGGGAUGUCUAGUCGCGUAAACGUUAAGAGGAAAAAGGGACAUUAUUGGGUGUUUGAUCAUCUCUUGUUUCACGACAAAAAGUACGAUUGGAGAAAUAGAGAGAAAGAGAGCGAGAGAGAGAGAGAGCGAACGAUAAUUGUAAACUGUAGAAUGUGCUAAUAUUGAAAACAGGUGGUAACGAUCGAUAAACGAUCGUUACAGAAGAAACAUUCAAAUGAUUUGAAGGUAAGAAAAGAGAAAAGUGCGUUGAAGCUUGGAACACGAUCAAAGAAGGCGCGCACGUCAGUGUGAAUCGCGCACAGAAUCCAGAACAACCAAGUGAACGAAAUAGAGACGUAUGGAGCGAAAGAGAGCGAGUAAGAAAUGGAAAAGGCAAGCAAAUACUAAAGCAUUAAAGUUGAAUAAUUAAUUAUUAAACCCUUACUAAUAAAACAGGAAAAAAGACGACAAAUUAAUAGAAAAGAAGAUCCCAGAGAGGGUAGCGAUAUGUUUGUGUUUGCUUUUUUAUUAUACUCUUUCGUUGUCUCACCGCUUACGUCGAUGCAUUUUGCAUAUUAGUUGCGCAAGGAAGCCUCAUUGGUGAACGGUUCAGCAAAAUGCAUCGGCCAAAGAAGGAUUUAUGAAAAAAUUUCAUUUUCUUUUGUAAUGAUUAUCAGUAGAAUAUUUUUAACACUUGCCAUUUGAUACAUAUUAUUUCUCUUCAGCUCCUUCAACUCCCAACUCGUUGAUCGGUAAGUGAUCAUCUUUUUUUGCUGUUUUUGUGGUUUGUUUUGUUAUCGUUUCUGUAUGUUUCUGUUUUUUUUAUUAUUUUUAGUUGUCUCUUGGAUUUAUCAUUUCUUUCUGGUACAUCUUCAAGGAUGCGUCUGAGAGCCCUGUUAUUAUGCCACCAUCGUUCAUGUUCAUGUUAAAUACGAAAAACACGGAUUAGCGUACGCUUUCGCAUGUGAAAAAAGAGUGUUUUAUGUGGAGCGUGUAGUGCAUUCGAAUUUGAAUUAAGAAUGGAAUUGUUUUUUCGCUCGCCUAAGUUCAGAAAGAGAACGCUUGGCUUUGUUAAUUACCGUUAAUUUGUUGUGCCCCUGUUGUGCCCCUUAGUUGCAACGCUCUCGCAUUUCGUUCUUUUCUGUAAUGCACUCGCCGUACGCCCUUUGGCAAGCCGCUGGAAUUGUUGCCUUACUUCUUGUUCUCAUCAGAAACAUGCAGAGCAUAAUCUUUCCCGUUUCGGUUCUAAACACUCCGUUUUGCGCUAAAUGUGUAAAGAAGAAUCAAUAAUGUUCGAAAUAAAAAAAAGUUUUAUUCGCUUCGCCUGAACAGAGAGAACGAAAGAGAGGGCAAAGAUCUGAGAUCUCAUGUUGGUGCGCGAUAUACAUAAGCGGCAAGGAACACCCAUUAUCAAGCUGAAGCUCUAAUCUCUCUUAUUACGUAAUCGUAAUUUGUGUAACGUAAUGUGACAAAACAAAGUAGGAAUAUUUUUGUUAGGACGCGCUGCGCAAACAUCGGACACUUACCUCUCACGUACAAA